AUGUUUACGGUUAAUAUAGUUGGUGUUGUGGACUCUGCCAGAUCUAAAAAGGAGAUAGCUGAGCUGGAGGCAUCUAAGUUAAAACUGGAGCUCAAGGGUUUGAGGUCCUCCCUAAAGACCAAGGAUCAAGAGGUAGGCAAGAUAAAGUUAGAGCUCAAGGGAUUAAAGCUUACUCUGAAGGCAAAGGACCAGACAAUUAAGGAUCUGAGGGUGGAAUGUGCUUAUAACUACGCCAAUGGCUAUAAGGACUUCAGAGACCAGGUCAUAGAGAAGUUCCUUGAUCUAGAAUUUGAUUCUUUCAUUCCUCUUCUGCCUACAAGGUCAGCUGGAAAAGCUAGACACGGUCGAACUGAAGAAGAUCCAGAGAAGUUAACCUCUGAUGUUGAAUUUCCUCUUCAUACCUAG